AUGGGAGCUCAAUCUUUCCGAGAGAUGAUUGGGGCGACCCCCUCGACUGCCUCGCCAAGCGACUCGACUCUAGUGAUCAUCGACGCGCAGAACGAAUAUGCCGAAGGCAAGCUGAAGGUUACGAAUGCCCCCGAAACACGCAAGGCCAUCGCAGGUCUCUUGAACAAGUACCGAGACGCCGGAGGGAAGAUCGUACACGUUAAGCAUACCGUACCCGAGGGCGCGCCAGUCUUCACACCAAACACGAAGUUGGCAGAGGAGUUCGACGAGCUCACUCCAAAAGAUGGCGAGAAGGUUAUUGAGAAGAUCCAUCCAUCAUCGUUCGCGGAUACCACACUUCAUGACUACCUGCGAGGUGUUGGCGGAUUGAAGAUUGUCUUGACAGGUUACAUGGCACACGUUUGCGUGUCGACGACUGCCCGAGACGGAGCACGUCUGGGCUAUGAUGUUAUCAUUGCCGAAGACGCUGUUGGUGACAGAGACAUCCCGGGUGCCUCGGGCGCCGAAGUCACGAAGAUGGUCAUGCAUGAGCUUGGCGAUGCUUUUGCCACUAUUGUGCAGAGCAGCGAUAUCAAGUAG